GUACGUCCGAACGCCUCCAGAAGUUAAUUUCAAAUGAGCGAAAGCGCGGUUUACUACAGCGAAUGUUAACUAACAGACUGUUAACUCAAUUUGGUAAUGUUAAUGAAAUGCAACCCUGAUAUCCAGUUUGCAGAGAGUUAGCAGCACGAUUUACGCAUUUCUCUGAUUCGUGUUUAUGUUUGUAUUUAUUGUGAGAAAUGAGUAUUAACUGGAUUAAAAUAACCGAGCGCGCACGCGAAGGCAUCAAAAUCAUCAAUGCCCUGCCCUACGAUACGUUUACGACAGUUCUGCUCUACGUCCACCGACAGAUGAGUCCUGGCAGCUCCGCUGCAGCUGCUUCCGCAGCUGCUACCGCAGGCGUUGCGAGUGCAGCCAAUAGCUCGGGUAAUGCCACAGGUAGCACGACUGUGGGCACCAGUGUCACAACCACCGAACGAACGGGCAGUAGCAUGGAGACAAGUCACACAAGCAGCGAGCCCGAGUAUACGCUGGAGGAGCUGGAACGUUUGGUGGGCGUGGCCCGUGCAGACUUCUUGCUGUUGAUCAAGACAUUCUCUUAUAUCUUGCGACGCAUUUCGACGUUUAUCAUCAAGCCCAGCCACUUGCAGCGCGAGCUGCGCGACAAGCUCCAGCUGCAGGACGAGGCGAAAAUCGAUGCCAUAUUGCGGCUCUGGGUGAGGCAGACGACGCCCAUGCUUAACAACUUGGCAAGCGAGCGGUAUGAGUCGAAUGUGAUCGAAGAUAUGGCCUGGAAGCUGAAUGUGGAGAUUGCCUCUCAUUGUCAACAGCGCGAGAAAACGGCGCUGGCUGUACUCCAGCUGAAGACGGUCGCCGGCGAAGAUAUUAACUUUGAGAUGACGCAGCCGGAGCUGUUGCAGCUGUUCAAUCAAUUCGAGCACAUCCAAUCAGAAUUGGAUGCCACUCUGGCCAAUAUGAAGGGCAAUGAGGGGAGCACUGAGUGAGCUGAAUUUUACUCAAAUUUACGCAUUAUUUCCUAAUUAUUAGAGCAGGCUGUUUAUAAGACUUAUGUAUAUAUUAAAUUGUUAACUUUGUUUUUUUACGUGAUUUAAAAUAAUGCUACUUUAGAAGCGAGCUACAAUAAAAUUGAGUUUAAAUAA